AACUCGAGUCACGACGUUCAGCUUGCAAUUUCGACAUUUACUUUUUUUCUUUUCUUUCUUUUUUCUAGUAAACCAAAAGUAUGCUCUACAAUUAACGAGCUCAAAUAAAUGUCUAUGAAAAUUUAGAUUUCUUUUUUGACAAGGAAAAUUUGAAGAAUUUAGCGUAUCAUAUUAUUGUUCCUCAAACAAAACCAUUGAAUUCAUUCAUGUUCUUCUAAUGUUGAACAAUUCAAUCCAUUUCCAUUCCUCACAAUCACUCUACAUUACACUACAAUUCCAAAUACAUGUCACUCUCACACUCUUCUUCCUCAAACCAUUACUGUGCAUUACUCAAACUUUGCUGCGAAACUCACAACUUCACCAAAGCAAAAAACCUCCAUUCUCACAUCAUCAAAACCCUUCCAUACCCUGAAACCUUCCUCUUAAACAAUCUCAUCAGUUCCUAUGCCAAACUCGGCUCAAUCCCUUACGCCUGCAAGGUGUUCGAUCAAAUGCCCCACCCAAAUCUCUACUCAUGGAACACCAUUCUUUCCGCUUAUUCGAAACUGGGUCGUGUUUCUGAGAUGGAAUACUUGUUUGAUGCAAUGCCGAGACGAGAUGGGGUGUCGUGGAAUUCACUUAUUUCGGGCUAUGCUGGUUGUGGCUUGAUUUAUCAGUCUGUAAAGGCUUAUAAUUUGAUGUUGAAGAAUGAUGGGUCGUUUAAUUUGAAUCGGAUUACGUUCUCGACUUUGCUUAUACUUGCUUCGAAACGAGGGUGUGUGAAAUUGGGUAGGCAGAUUCAUGGACAUGUGGUGAAGUUUGGUUUUAUGUCGUAUGUUUUUGUUGGGAGUCCGUUAGUGGAUAUGUAUUCGAAGAUGGGGAUGAUAUCUUGUGCAAGGAAGGUUUUUGAUGAGUUGCCUGAGAAGAAUGUUGUUAUGUAUAAUACGUUGAUAAUGGGAUUGAUGCGGUGCGGUAGGGUUGAAGAUUCAAAAAGAUUGUUUUUUGAAAUGCGAGAAAGGGAUUCGAUUUCUUGGACAUCGAUGAUUACGGGGUUUACUCAGAAUGGGUUGGAUAGAGAUGCAAUUGAUAUUUUCAGGGAGAUGAAACUGGAAAAUCUACAGAUGGAUCAGUAUACGUUUGGAAGUGUUUUAACUGCUUGUGGCGGUGUUAUGGCUUUGCAAGAAGGAAAGCAAGUUCAUGCCUAUAUUAUUAGGACGGAUUAUAAAGAUAACAUAUUUGUCGCCAGCGCUCUUGUUGACAUGUAUUGCAAGUGUAAGAAUAUAAAAUCAGCAGAAGCAGUUUUCAAAAAGAUGACUUGCAAGAAUGUUGUGUCUUGGACUGCAAUGUUAGUGGGUUACGGACAAAAUGGUUAUAGUGAAGAAGCUGUUAAAACAUUUAGUGAUAUGCAAAAAUAUGGAAUUGAGCCGGAUGACUUCACCCUCGGAAGUGUAAUUAGCUCAUGUGCAAACCUUGCAAGUCUAGAAGAGGGUGCUCAAUUCCAUGCUAGAGCUCUCACUUCUGGUCUAAUUUCUUUUAUCACUGUUUCCAAUGCUUUGGUUACAUUAUAUGGUAAAUGUGGAAGCAUUGAAGACUCCCAUAGACUUUUUAAUGAAAUUAGCUUCAAGGAUGAAGUCACAUGGACUGCACUUGUUUCUGGAUAUGCUCAGUUUGGUAAAGCCAAUGAAACAAUCGGGUUAUUUGAAAGCAUGCUAGCCCAUGGUUUAAAACCGGACAAGGUUACAUUUAUUGGGGUUCUUUCAGCUUGUAGUAGAGCAGGAUUAGUGGAAAAAGGAAAUCAGAUAUUUGAAUCUAUGAUUAAUGAACAUGGGAUUGUACCAAUUCAAGAUCAUUACACUUGCAUGAUUGAUCUCUUCAGCCGAGCUGGGAGGAUAGAAGAAGCAAGGAAUUUUAUAAACAAGAUGCCUUUCAGUCCUGAUGCAAUUAGUUGGGCAACCUUAUUAAGCUCGUGUAGAUUCUAUGGAAACAUGGACAUUGGCAAGUGGGCAGCUGAGUUUCUUAUGGAAUUAGACCCACAUAACACUGCUAGCUAUGUCUUACUUUCGAGCGUAUAUGCUGCUAAAGGAAAAUGGGAGGAAGUUGCUAGGUUAAGAAAAGAUAUGAGAGAUAAGGGUCUGAGAAAGGAACCGGGAUGUAGCUGGAUCAAAUACAAGAACCAAGUGCACGUUUUCUCUGCCGAUGAUAAGUCAAAUCCAUUUUCAGAUCAGAUAUAUUCUGAGCUUGAAAAGUUGAACUACAAAAUGAUAAAAGAGGGUUAUGUGCCUGAUAUGAAUUCUGUUCUGCAUGAUGUUGGUGAUUCAGAGAAAAUAAAGAUGCUUAACCACCACAGUGAAAAGCUUGCAAUUGCCUUUGGGUUGUUAUUUAUUCCUCCUGGUCUGCCCAUACGAGUAGUUAAAAAUCUGAGGGUUUGUAGCGAUUGCCACAAUGCAACUAAAUAUAUCUCUAAGAUCACCAAUAGAGAGAUUCUUGUAAGAGACACAGCCCGGUUCCACUUGUUUAAAGAUGGAACGUGUUCAUGUGGAGACUUUUGGUGAUUGUGUAUUGAAGUCAUUGCAGAUGGGAUAUCGUCUAUGUUCUUUUGUAUCAAUUAAACUUCUUCACUAUCCCCUGUUGAUUAUUUAUUUCUCUUGGAUUUGGAUCUAACUCAACGUCUCAAAGCCAGCUUUCAAGAUUAGAGAUUCCAAUUCUUUAUUAACACUUUCAGGCCUUAUCUCUAGUCAAAUGUGACAGUUGGAGUUUUUUUCAAUAUGCCCCGCUUGAGUUUGGUGGGUGAAUACUAUAGUGGGUGGCCGAUAGAAUAGAACAGACUUCAACACCAUCUUAGAUUUGGAUUCUACCCAACAAAUCCGACUUUAAGGGCAGGAAAUGGAAAACACAUGAACAAUAACCUGCAGCUGGGUACAAAUUUCGAUUACUUCGGCUAUAGGGGCCCAAUCACCAAAGUUCAUCUCAAUAAAUUGCUAUUACAACUAACAAGGACACGGGUGCAACAC